AUGACAUCUGUGACCGGGGAAGAAGCUGAAAAGCCGUUAUCUGUGGACGAUGAGUACGAACUUUGGAAAUCUAACGUUCCUUUGAUGUAUGACUUCGUUAGCGAGACGAAUUUGACUUGGCCAACUUUGACGCUCGAAUGGUUGCCCAGCAGCAGCGCUAGUGAGCGCCAGGAAUUGAUUCUUGGGACUCACACAUCUGGAGAAGAACCUAACUAUUUGAAGAUAGCUGCAAUUGAUCUGCCAGAUGAAAUUAUACCUGGAAAAGUGGAAGCCGACACGAAUGGCACUACCAAGUCGAAUAUCAGGAUUACCAAAAAGUUCAAGCAUGACGAGGAGGUGAUAAGGGCGCGAUAUAUGCCUCAAGAUAGCAAUAUCAUCGCUACAAUCAAUGGCAAGGGUGUUGUGUUUAUAUAUGACAGAUCCCGCGAAACCGCUGACGGCUUCUUGUCAGCCUUGAAAUAUCAUCAGGAAAACGGCUAUGGGCUGUCUUUUAAUCCUAGGGACAAGGGAAAGCUUCUGAGUGGUUCCGAUGACUCCAACAUUGCUCUGUGGGAUGUCACGAGUAAAAACAUUAAUCCCAUCGCCACCUGGGAAAACUGCCAUCAGGAUAUCGUUAAUGAUUGUAAAUGGCAUGAAUUGGAUGGCAACACAUUCGGCUCAGUUUCCGAGGAUCUGACGCUGCAGUUGCACGAUCAGAGGGUAAAGGAUGCCGCAGGCACAAAAAUCGUCACACCAGUCGCGUUCAACACCAUAGCAUUUAGUAAGCACUCUACGAAUCUGUUUGCUGCUGCUGGAACGAAUUCGCUGAUCUACUUAUAUGAUGCCAGAAGGCCAUCGGAGGCUUUACACAGCAUGUCCGGCCAUGACGGAAAUGUCACGAAUCUGGAAUUUUAUGCAGAGAAGGACGGGAUUGUUACGUCUUCAGGAGAGGAUAGGCGAGUUCUUCUGUGGGAUUUGACCGAAAUAGGAGCCGAACAAACUCCAGACGAUGCAGAGGACGGUGCACCAGAGGUCUUGAUGAUCCAUGCUGGCCAUAGAAGCCCCGUGAAUGAUUUCUCGAUGAAUCCAAAUAUUCCUUGGUUGAUGGCCAGUGCAGAAGAAGAAAAUAUAGUACAGGUUUGGAAAUGUUCAAGCAAACUGCCCAAAAUAGGAGGGGCCCCUGCCAUAGACGAUUCGUUACUAGAGUGA